UACUCGCAAUCCGUUCUUACGUUGAACUGAAGUCAACUAAAGUCAACAGACCCGGGGGAUCCAGGGGGCAACAGCCCCCUGGCUGGAGGCGACGGACGCCAAAAAAAAGUUUAGGUCUUUUUCUAUCAAAUAAGCCUGAAGUGAGCAUCUAGUUCCUUUUUGUUCUUGAAUUAUAGCCAAUUGAAGUAGCAAUAAAAGUUGUGUCAAAAUUGGACUUUUUGACCAACGGAACGCAUUACGAGGGUUAAUAUUUUGUGUUUAUUCUUAGCCCCACAAUAGGCAAGAGGAUUUAAUUGUAACUACGACAUUUCACUUAAAAAGAAUACCUUUUAUGGAGUACGUAGGGAUGAUAUUCUAUUAUAUUUUGUUGCAGAGUAUAACUAAUUGCAUUGUCUUUCAUAAAGUAUCUGAAGCUGUUAAUACAGCUUUUAAAAACUGCAAGAAAAUUUUGAAAUGUUUGAACACCUUAACCUGGGUUGAUCAUAAAUAAAAACUUUUAAUGGGUUAAUCUUGUGUUUUUUUUUGAAGUUUUUGAAGUAAAGAAGUGAUAGAAAUGUUGAAGAAACUAUUAUUUUAUCUCGUCCUUGUGAAGUAUUCGCAAACAGAAUGGAUCCAAGAAAUGGAAGAUCCUUCCUUAUAUCAAGGAGACAUGGUUUUAACACCUACACAAAAAGAUCAAGCUAGACUUGGACGGUUUGGCUUUGCUUCAGCAAAGAGCAACAAAUUUUGGCCAAAGGGUCAACCCAUUGCGUACGAGAUUGCUUCUUCAAUUGAUGGAAAUGGUCUACAAGCUAUCAAGGAUGCGAUUGCUGACUACCAUAAUUACACAUGUAUUCGUUUCAAACCAAGAAGCAACGAGAAUGUUUACAUUUAUUUCUACAGAGGAGCAGGAUGUUCAUCACCUGUUGGGUAUCGCGGUUACCGGAAUGAUAUCUCUCUAGCGCGGAACUGCUGGAAAAAGGGCAUAGUUAUGCAUGAAAUGGCUCAUUCAUUAGGUAUGUUCCAUGAACACAGUCGACCAGACAGAGAUAAAUACAUCAAGAUUCUGUGGAAUAACAUUCUUGGAGACGAGAAAGUCAACUUUCAGAAGGAGCCAGCAACAGAAAUAAAUUCUUUGGGCACUGCUUACGAUUUAAGGAGUAUGAUGCACUACUCAUCAAAUGCAUUUGGAGGAGGAAGAAGGACAAUCGAAGUAUUGGACAGUUCGAAACAAAGUUGGAUAGGACAGCGUAAUGGCUUCAGUGAAAUUGACAAAAAACAGUUAAAUUUAAUGUACUGUGGUUCUACUCCAUCUUCAUCUCCAGAUACUUGUGAUAACAAGGAACAAAACUGCGUGUACUGGGCACAAGCUGGAUAUUGCGGCGACCUUACCGAGGUGGAUUUUAUGAAAAAGAAUUGUUGUAAAGCUUGCAAAGAGUUGAAGACGAAUUGUUCGAAUAACCAUCCAAGAUGCGAUGAGUGGGCCAAACGAGGGGAAUGCACAAAUAAUUCCGCAAGAAAAUACAUGUUAAAAAACUGUAAACUAGCCUGCAAAGUAUGUUGAACAAAUUCAUGAUUAUAUAAAACCA